AUGGAGGCAGUGCGCAAGCGCCCACAGCGUCCAAAAGCUGCGAAAUCGGUGGAGACAAUAACGGAAAAGAACGCAACAUGGAGCCAUCAUGAGGAGGAGAAGAAGGCUGUUGUUCACGCAACAAUUCCUGAGCUAGAAGCGAUUGAAAAGCCACUUGUAAAAGACAAGGAGAUUGGACACAAUGAGGACAAGUUGACGGUGUUACUAGAGGAUCUAGAGACAACAAACGAGUCAGUUAGUGACGAUACAAAAUGUGAAUCUUUUCCAGUUCAGGAUGAAGAAAAUGGAGAGAAUCAGAAACAGGAGAAGGAUCAUCAGGUUACAGAUACAAGGGAGACGUAUGAUCGAGUGGAUAUCUCUCUACCAGUGACAUCAGUGAUUGAUGCAUCCAUUUCUGCUCCUUCUGCACCUCUUUAUGAAGGGACAGAGCUUUCAGAGAUCCAUUCGAUACCGUUGGAGCCAAUAGGGAAUGCUCCAUUUCCUUCAACUUUGUCACCUCCGACGCGGCCGUCUAUGCCUCGUGCUUUUCAUGAGAUUACAGUUUCAUUGGAGACUGAUGCAACUGCACCGUCAGCACCGCUCGAGUUUGAAACCGACGACGUGGCUGAUCAUUCAAGUACGACUCUACCACCGGCGCCGUCAUUGUCACCUACAACAUUAAAAAAGCUGCAUCGAGUUGUUGCAUCACCGCGCAAUUUGGAGAAACGAAGCUCGGUGAUAAGAACGCCGGCAAAAGUAGCGACAGAUGUAUCAGUGGAAGGUGCGAGCGUGGCAGUGCGACAGACUUUUGCGAAAUCGCAUGAGGCUGAGGAGAAAGCUGGGAUGCAUAGCAUUUAUCCGUCCAUGAUGCAGGAAGAUGCAAAAGCAUCAACUCUAAUUACGGCAAAUGAAGCAGGGAAAACGCAAACACGUUAUCAGCAGCUUCUCAAGAAAAAACAUGUGCGUGUGAAGCUAGAGCCAUUUGUUAACUAUGAAAUGAACUUGAUGCGAGCUGAGGCGUCUCAAAAGCGUCAGGAGACGAAGAUGCGUCACAUUGAGACCAACAAAGGAGAGUUAUACGCGCGAGUGGAGAGGUAUUUGUUUUCAGAGUACAUAUUGCAUAAUGCUGCGUCGAAGAUGGAUGAGUACAAAAAGAAAAUUGAUGUGCUUAUCAAGAAAGUGUGGACUUUGGAAAAGAAGCGUGUUUCUUCGGCAAAGCGCUGUGGCGACAACGUGGAGAUUGAGCAGCAAAUAGAGUUUCAAACUGCGAAGCUAGAGACGUCACAGCUUGAGAAGUUAAAGGCUCAUCUUGACAAGCUACGGCAGCUGCGAACGGUGGAGGCGUCGAUGCAUACGUUUGACCGUGCGAUUUCCUAUUUCCACGUGGAGCAGUACUUAAAUAGUGUGCUACAAGAGCCGAAUCUUGUCUCGUUCCUGAACAAAAUAAGCUCAACAUGUGGGGGUGCUACUGGCACUGGUGAUUUGGAUCUUAUUCCGGAGAGUGCAAACUUUUACGAAAGCUUACCUCAGAGUUCGUCACUUCUGUCGUCAGUGGACCACCUAAAGUACUGUUUGGAUGUGCUAAUUUUCUUUGAAAAAAAGGUAACAUUGGGAGAGGGAGGGGCAUUUGGACGCGUGCCGCAUUCAUUCUACCGGGGCGAGCUUGUUUGGCAUAGUAAUUGUGCUAAAAUGCAUUACAGCGCUGCGGGCAGUGCCGGAAUGGAGCGCAAAAUCAAGUGUUAUGCUUGUAACAACCUGAACGCGCCCAUGAAAUCCAACCAAUGGUGCAAAUUGUGUGAAAGCUGCGAGGUUGUGCUGUAUCUUCCACCAUCUUCUGUGUCAACGAAGACGAACGAAUGGUUUACGAGUGUGUCACGGUUCCGCCAAUCGUUACAGAAAUGGAUCUCAUUGUGUCUACAGAGUCUCUUGCGUACAAAGUCGCUACAGAAUAUGCCAUACCUUUUAAUGCAUGUAAUGUACUUACCUCGGAUUUCAACACAUGAGCGGUCAUGGUUCUUAAGAUUCCUGCAGUUUCCGCGAGCUAUGGUUCGUACAGAUGGCUCAUUAAGGACCGCGUGGAGUGAAGAUCUCGUUGACCACUAUAUUGCAAUGUUGCAUUUGGUAUUUCAUCCCGAGACAUUACGGCGGAUGUCGGUUAUUGUGUCCAGCGGACCUGCUAAUGGUGCGAAAAUAGCAAAGAGUGCCGAUGUUGGUGUAGCGGGAACCAAAGGACUCGUAUCUUCCGAAUGGGUGCUGUUGGAAAACCCAGAAAUGCUGGAUCGAUAUUUUUUAUCGGACGAAGAUUUUGUUGCUAUAUUAAACCAAUUUCCGAACACAUUUGCUUUUGAGCAGUUGUUCUGUUGCACCCCGGACGUGAAAAAAUGUUUUAGUCGAGCUUUAACACUGGUGCUGGAGCUUACAUAUAGUUUGCGAGCAUUUCAAGAGUUUGAAAAGCUACCGGCGCGAAUUGCACAGCUUCUUGGGCAACUGCUUUCUGACGCGUCGAAGCUUCCUGGUUCCGGCCGACCAACUAGUUUUGGGAUGAAAGACGCCGUUUACUAUCCGGCACCCUUUGAUCAGUUAUUUCUGACCAGUUUGCAUGGUUUGAUGUCUGCCGAUUGCAAUCGUGUGGCAUGGAAGAGUUUAUACCUGUAUCCUUUUGGCUCGUUAUCUGACUUGGCAAAGUGGGAUGUGCUGGCUCUUCUAUUGUUCAAUCUCCAAAGUCUACCUGCAGAGGUAAAAACGGGAUCUGGGUGGAUGCAGUAUAUUGGUAAACAGAAUUGUCAAAACGUAGAUACCGGGGCACAGGCACGCCAACGCCUCUAUAAACUAAUUGAAACGGACACAAAAAGCGCAAUGUAUCUGCUGGACGCGGUAGCUAGUCUUGCUGCAUCGUGUCAGUCCGAGCCUUUCGUCAGCGGAGACCAAUCCGGCGAGCGGAAUGAUUUGGUGUCUGUCGCAGUGCAGGAGUUGUUUAUUGCAGGGUACACUGUUGAGAGAUGCCAGCGGGCUUUAGGCGAAAGUGGUGAGCGAGUAGCAGGUCCCUUGAGCACGAUUUGUUUGGCACAUCCGUGGGUGUUAUCGCUUCUCAUUGGGCUGCUUUUCAAGUAUCACCAGUGCGCGGAGACGUGGAUUCAUGUGUUUGAGACGUUUCCAAUCAAUCGCUGGAUGCCAACGGCGCAGGAUUUGCUGAACUUACAAGAAUGGCUGCUACUUGACGAUACAACAUCACCACGAAGUGUGCUGGCUCGUUUUCUUCUUGACCACAUCAAUUGGGAGUAUGACGUCAAGUUGCAACGAUUGUUUACGGACGCGAUGCUUCAUCGCCAGGUAGCUCUCAUGGUUGCCGAAGCGUUAGUUUUGUACAAAACACGUAAGGAGUGUGCAAUUGACUCUGAGUCAGCGGUUGUACUGUCUGGAGAAGGGUCUCCACAGAAGUUUGAGGUCAAUUCUAUCGCCAAAUCGAUUCGGCGCGCUUUAUGGCUAGACGAAAGUGUAGAUUUUGAAAAGUGGUGCUGGAAACUUAUGCUGAAGCUAAGAUUUUAUUCACCGAAGACGCAGAAGCCGUUGCUGACACUUAUUGAUCUCCGUCACGAUCGCUCUCGGGAGGCCUUGACUUUGCGCAGAUGGUUUGCUGGAGCUUCGACGUUGCGAGCAUCGCCUUCUUGCAAAGGGUUCCCAUUUUAUACUUCAUUCGAGGAGCAACUUGCUCAGUAUGGACUGGCCGGCAGCAAUCAAGGUAGCACAGUAGAAACGGUAGUCGGUAGAAGCACUGGUGCUCCUAUUAUUCAUCAGGGAAGUCGAAAGGUCUUGACGCCUCAUCGAGGAAUGGGCGGAGCAGAUAUCGAAUCGACAUUUUUUGCUACAGCAGCUCCACGAACGGAGCCUAUUGUGGCUUACGUAAUUUGCCAGAUGACGACAUUUUUGUUCAGCGACCGCCUCGAUCGCUGGGAGCCGUUGCUAGUGUUGCUAAAGAGUGACAAUUAUGCGGCAGCUAUUAAAGUGCUCGAGAAUUUAUUCCCUCUUUUAGCUCGGCUAGAGAAGAGUAAAAACGUAUCAUCGAAAUUAGCACCGGCGCCGGUGUCCGAUUGCGAAAUUGGAGAUGGACUCAAGGCGCUGACUGGAAACAGCGAAGGCAGUAAGUCUGCAGAAUCAUUCUGUGACAAAGCUAACACUGAAGGACCUGAGCAGAGUGGUGGUGUAGCAACGGAACUUGAUAAUGAUCUGGAGGUCUGUAUGGCAGCGAUGCAAGCUUUAUCUAUCGACGAGUUGCUGAGCCUGUUGAACUCACUGCAUGAAUUCUCGUACAUUAAUACCGACGAACUUUAUCACAUGCAAGAAGUUCUUAACAAGGGUUGUAUUGGUGGGUGGGAAAACACAGCCAAAGAGCGGAUAUUGGUGAAACUUCGGUUUGUGCGUAAAUGCAGUUGCUACUUGCACCCUGUUGUGCUCCCUGCACUCAUUAACGAGUGUUAUCCCCAAUCGAGUCCCGUGUCAAUCACAACUUCAGCUCUAUUUCAUGGAGCAAUGUCGUGGAUUUCUUCGGCUCUAGGGGGCGAGAAUAGCACAGGGGCAUUGUCACCGUCGGCAUCAUCAUCCACCAGUGCUGCCCUAUCUAUCCGGAACUCUUCUUUAACUGCCACGGCCGCUUCUCUUGCGUUGAUAUCAAACUGCAACUAUUCUAAGUCAACAAAAUCGCUAUGUGCGUUGAUCCGUCAGUCUUUUGAAUAUUCUGUGGACGACUUGUCGCUUGUAGAUUCGAUGCGAUUUUGGAUGAAGGCAUUGUUACACGUUCCGUUUUGGUACGAAAAUGCUGCGUUUCGACAUAUUUUGGAUGUCUUGCUACUGUGCAGUAUGGAGAAUCUUUGUCGACCAUCUUUCAAGAAAAAAGCUGUUGGUGGGAAUGCGAGUAUCGUUGGAUCAUCUGCAAUACUGUACGAAUUGGUGGACUUGAUUGACUCUGCUUUUGACGCCUUCUGUCGACGUGUAGCAAGGCACGAGGAAGAUGCAGGGAAACGAGAACAGCAAUUUUUUGAGGACGAGCCAGUUGUUGUGAGUUUCCUCCCAGCAGUUGCCGCAUCGGCAACAUUUGCUUCAAUAUUUGGUGGCUCAUUUGAUGUUGCUCAAUAUGUCAGCGGUUGCCCGCGUCUAGCAUUAUGGAGUUUGCUUGUCGAGACGCGAAAGGAAGCUCCGCUGUUUUUAACGAUGGGGCAGCUUAUGAUCAGAUUUGAACCCAAAACGAUGAAGAAGUUGGAUAAAAUAAGGAAGACGAAAGGCAGGCUUGCUGCAGCUCUCCGUGCGGUACGAGAUGGGAACAAUGUGGAUGUUCAGGCAGAGGAAAUGAUAUACGAAGGUCCAAUUCCUGCAUCUCAUUUUGGGAACCCGUUGACAUUUGGCCACAAAAGCCUUGAUUCUAUAUCGCAGUACAAGAUGUUUCGCUGGUGCAAUUACUGUCUAGAUCUGCCCGAGUCAGAGCCUACGCAAAUUAUCUACUGGCAGGUAUUUUUUGCGUUGUACUUUGCAAGCGUUGGCGGAUCUCGUGUCUUUGCACACCAUUUCCUAGACUGGACCGGUAGCUGCAACCCAAAGCAUGUGCAUUUGCGAAAACACCUUCAGAUCAAAUUGCAAAAGCUUGUAAACUACUGCUCCAACCAGGCGCAGGUUGUUUUAACUGCUACGGGUUCGGGUAGCUGCUCUUCUACUGGUGCGGGCUGGGCUAUGGACGUAAAGGAGCGGCGGUAUGCUCACCUAGUGGCGCUAUCCCAGCUUUAUACUGCCAUGGAUGCUUGGCUGGAAGAAAAGGAUCCAAACCUGUGGCUAAAAGAAGAGCUACUGUCGGGUUUGCCACGUCACUACGAGGUGGACCGACUAAAAGAUGUCUUGUGUCUCAGCGAUAAAUUGCUGAACUCACCACCAAACAAUAUGAAAUGGUCUGAUUUACCUUUGUGGACAAGUUGGUGUGGUUUUGAAUUUACUGUGAGGCGAAUUACCCCGAAACGGUCCGCUAACAAACACGAAAGCGACAAUGCUGGUGGUUUGACUCCUUCACCUUCUUCAGCCGGCGAAGAAGAUGAUUUUGCGUUUGUGGAAGAAGCAUCGGUGUUAGCGCGACGACAUGGCAGUUUCGGAGAGGUUGUUGGACUGAAUGGCCUCAGUAGUAGACCUUUGCCUCUAGUGCUGGGGCCGUCGAGCCUAACGUCGUUGCCAACGGUAUCGGUCGUGAUAUCACCUGAUCGGUGUGCUAUCACAACCUCUAUUCCGCCAAACGAGACUGGGUUGAAAAUGAUGGCCAUGAAGUACUCGGAGAAAUUAUCUAUUCUCGUGGCACUCGACUCUGAAAUGGUGGACAAUGUGUCUCAACUCUUUACAAGUAAGACAAGAACCGUGACACAGAAUCUGCCGUGUCCAGAAGGCACAAAUUGUCGCGGUCCUGCGGCAUUUCGAUUUGAAUUCUUGGAAUGGAUGAUGGACUCUCGCGCAGACGAUGCUAUCCAGUCAAUCCGUGCACAGGGUGAGCGGUGCGAUAUGAGUUCGAUGUUGGUGACAAGUGUGAUAUCAUCGAUAAGCGAAUACGACGGCCAAAUGCAUGAUGAAGGCAGUAUGGCAAUUUCCACGGCACCAUCUAUUUCAGCUGAACAAUUCCUGGAGCUUGAUGGCGAUGAUCUGAUGCUAUCUCUUCAAGUUUUACUUAUCGACCAAGUUGUGCGAACGCUUGGCAUGGAACACGAAAGGCUUCAAAGUUUGAAACAAAAACGGAAGAAUGAUGCACGCGUGGAUACGACAACUGAAUACGCUGCGAAUACUACCAAAGAGGAAAAUAUUGACGCGGCGGAAAAUACUGCGGAAAGGGAGUUGUUUUUGCUUAAUCAAAAGACAGACGAAGAGGCGGAACGACUGCAUGAAAAAGGUCUUGAGUGGUUUCGUCGUCUUACCAAGCUAGAUACGAAGCUGUCUCGGAUGGUGCCACCGUUGCGAGAAACACUAUGGCGGGCCAUUAAACAGCUGGGAUUAGACUUCGUUUGCGUUGACGAUCGCGAGACACGUACUUUGCUUCAAUUUAUGUUGGAAGAUCCGUCCCGCAUCAACCUACUUAGCGAGUGUUUCUCGCCAGCUGCUGCGCCAUCGCAUUUCGUGGAAAUGUUUGCAAGUUUGAUGAGUGCAAGUAGCUCGUCGAAGCUAUCGAGUGACGAAAAGCUUAUUGUGCUACGUCGCUUUGAUUUUCGUGCGUGGUUGCAGUCUCCGCAGAUGCCCUCUAAGCUUGAUCGUGACACCGUUUUGUGCAUGAUUUUGGGGGACAUUAGCCGCGAAUUUCCUGCAGAUCGUAAUUUGUUGGGAACUACCCAAAAAACUAAGGACGUCAGUGCGUGUAACCACUUUGACGACGUGCUACGUAUAUACGCGAAGGGGCUUCAAUUGAUAUGCUCUGCUCACCUGGAAGAUCAUGUCGAAAAAAUGGUGCAUGCUUUAGUUGGCGUCCACGAUGACUACCGGUUCCAUGAUUCAAGUAUGGGCAACCGUGUCUCGACUUCAUCCGCUAGCGAUGGCGACAAUUCCACCACCUCUGGACUGCCACUCUUACCAUGUCCAGCAGAUGCUUUGGUCUGGGAGGCUUUAGUUGGUAUCCCAUUGCCUGUCUGGAAAGAGCUUCCGCUUACACAAAUCGAGGCUUGCGUCAGGUUUCUUAGCCAGCACAUGGCAUCGCUGAGAUGGCAAGGUGGGUUGUCUAGCGGCAAUGCAUCAAAGAUUGGAAAUUGUAGUGAAGUUCCUCGGGGAAAAGAAGUGCCUAGUGACUCGUAUCUGUCAUCAGCAAAGUAUCCUGUUGUGUACUGGCAGCGCCUUGGUGUCCUAGCGAGCUUUCUUGAUUUGUUCACGUUGUGCUGUCGUGUGGCUCCAGAAGAACAGCAGUGGGAACUUAUCACAGCGUUUUUCGAACCCUUGCUUUCGACAUUAUAUCAGCCAUCUACAAACACGGAAGGCUCGGCGAUUAGUGCACCAUGGCCGGAUCAAGACACCAUUUCUACAGGAACUACCAUUUGUUCCUGUUUUGUGGCUACUUGCUCCGAGUACCUGAAGACUCAGUCAGCAUCACGAUCAACACGCGACACCUGCCAUUUGUUGCUGACACCAACAGCAAAGCUGUCGCAAAUUUGGUCUUUCUAUCUUACGGGGCUUGUUCCGCAUGCGCCUACACACAUUUGCAAGCACUUUCAUCAGUUCAUUACGCGAUUAGCAUGGGAGCACUGGUGCUUGACCUUUGAGAUUGUGCAACAGAUGCGUGAACUCAUUCAAAUGGAGAAAAACAAGCUCACGGGAGCGGCAACUGUGUCUAGUGACCAAAUGGUUCCUCCGCUGCACUCUACGUUAUUGCCAUAUCCGUUUGUAUCAUGGUUAGUGCGCGAUAUAUUAUGCCGCACAACUUGGAAAUCAACAAAUGCUUGGCUAGAAGCGCAAUGCGAGGUUGUAUGUUCAUCAUUUCUGCUGGAGUUUGCAAAGCUGUGCUUGGAGCUCGUGCUUGAUAUACCGCACUUUCAUGUGCAAUCUAGUCACGCAGUGUCAAGUAAUGUUCUUCCGCCUUACUUUGUCAACUUCAUUAAACAGCAAUCAACCUUUUGGGCGAAGUGGAAGAUGAUGGUGGGAGAUCUGGAAACGCUGCAGCAGUUCACGUUAGAUGCUUUAAUGGAGCCGCUAGGAAGCCGAGCGAACACGAAAUCUGUGAAAAGCAUAGCUUUGAGUGGACUCUUCCCGGCGACGCCAAGUGCAGCGAUGAUGCAGGACGGGUUCAUUCGAUUGCAGUUGGCUCUUCGUCUGUUUGGGCAGAUUACUACACUGCAUCACGACAAAUUGUCCAGUACGGAAAGCUUGCAACGGGUAAAUUUAUUUCUGAAAUUGAUCUUUGGUGUCUUUGAAGUAAACGAUCGCGGUUCCCUGGACGGUAACCGUUACAACUCCAGACAUGCUCCGUGGUUGAUGGUCCUCUACGGUUCAAGCUGCACAGCAUUGUACGAAAAACUAGAUGAAAUUGUACACUAUCAUAAAGUUACAGCUGGAAAAGACAAUGGCGCUGAAGUCUCAAGUAGUUUGGAGGAGACCAAGGAUGGUAUCUCAGAAGAAUGUUUGACGGCCACGAUAUCAGGAGUACUGCGAUUUUGUAAUUUGUCGUUAGUAGAAGUGUUUUUCAAGCAGAUGCAAUGCAGUCCAAACACAGGCGGUGGAAGCUCUGCACCAUCUUCAUCGGGGCUUAACUGGAACAAGUGCGGCAAUGUGGUAUUUGUGGAAAUUGACGCUUUUGUACGCGACUUUGCAUCCCGCCAAAAGGCAUUGAGACAGCAAAACUACCGAGGCCAUCAACCUUCGGACCGUAGUCUUUCUGCCAAGGAAGAUCUUGCAAUCAACCCGAAUAUUUCUGCCAUCCAGUCUCCUGCGGAAGCGAUUGGGACACCUCUUGGUAGAGUUUUGUGGAGUUUUCUAGCCUUUCGGGGUGGAGAGCUGGCGUGCUUGGCAGCUUGCGGACGUGCUGUGGCCUCGGUUCACGUUAUGAGCCAAGUAGCAGAAAAAAGCAUUGAGAAGUGGAUUAUUGAAGAGCGUCGAGGAAUGUGGGAUGCAUUGGCUUUGCGGUUGCACGUGCCUGAAUUGAGUGGUAGUGAAUUUGAGGCAGCUUGCCUCGAACAAGGAAAAUUACUCACCCUCCAGGUUCUCUUCCUACAGCAGCUUCGUCGUGCGCCAGUGCUGACGGAAUCAUUGAGUUUGGCGUUGCUUACCAAGUUGAUGGGAUGGAUUGAACGUGCUCGCGUGCAGACUAGUGUCUUGGCACAAAUGAAGCUGCUUUUUUUGGCUGCGGAGGUGACAAACUUUGUUUGCAAACCAUUGGCUGAGGUGCUCCCUUCAACACUGAAAAAGCAGAUGCUACGACAGUUAUGCAACGUACUACUGGAAUUGGGCCACGCACGUCGUAACAACGGCAUAAUGAAAGCGAUUGGUCUCGGUGGUUCCUUACAGUAUGGUAUCGAGUUUCAUGUGUCGUGCAUGGUGACGGGUAUAUUCCUACGGCUACAGACACGCAACGGUGCGCCAUUACGAGUGGAUGAUCGGAUUCAAUUCAAAAUGACCCGUACGACAGAGAAGCAUCUACGCUCUUUAGAAACAAUGCUCCAGGGUAAAGAUGCGUUUCAACUCGGUCGACGUGCUGAUGCAGUAAUGGACUUUGCACGAAAUCCACGCCGAAGUCUUGCAGACCAAGAUGAGUUUUUUGUAACACUUUUCUCCAGCAUGUACCCAGCUCAUGGAUGGUUACUUGCAAAGUGUCUGCCGUAA